AAGAUCCUGGGGGUGGGCAGAGGCCAUGCUGGGCCGUAGGACUCCUAUCACCUUUUCCAACAUACUUAUCCCAGGCUCGGAAUUACAGUCACGAGCAGGUGAUCUGCCUUUGUCUGCCCAGAGCAGAAGCCCAGACAGCAGCGGAGUCUCCAGAGGAAGUCCGGGGCCCAGGAAUGGGGGCAGGAGGAACACGCAGACUUCCCCAGAGGAGAAGACUGUCCUCCCGUUAACCAUUACCCCGCAGCUUCUAAGGCAGUGUCUUUAAGGAGGCGGGACGUGGCGGGCUAGGUGGGAGGGUCAGCUGGUUUUGAUGAACCUUGUCCCUACCCUGAGCACCGGGUCGCUGGUCCAACUAUGGAGGCAGCUACAGCAGGUCUUCAGGACACAGCCUCCUUAACGUUAACUCGGAAGUUUGAGUUUAAUCCAAAGUGGGGCAUUGAUAAUCCUGUCCUCUCUCUGGCUGAAGACUACGACCCCUCUGAUCUCUGGAGCCUGCAGCGGCCUCGUUUCUGUCUGCUGAGCAAAGAGGAAGGCAGGAGUUUUGGCUUCCACCUGCAGCAGGAGCUGGGCAGGGCUGGGCCUGUGGUGUGCAGGGUGGAGCCUGGCACCUCCGCCCAGCACCAGGGUCUUCGGGAAGGGGACCGGAUCCUGGGGGUGAAUGAUCACGUCGUGGAAUGUGAAGACUAUGCUGUGGUGGUUCGCCGCAUCCGGGCUAGCGGUCCUCGGGUGCUGCUGACGGUCUUGGCGAGGCACGUGCAUGACGUGGCUCAAGCUCAGCAGGGCAACAGUGCCCACCUCUGUCCUCCUCUUGGCCCGCGGGUCCGGCCCCGACUAUGCCACGUAGUGAAAGAUGACAGUGGCUUUGGCUUCAGUGUCACCUACAGCCAUCAGGGUCCUUUCUGGCUGGUGCUGAGUCCCGGAGGAGCAGCGGAGCGGGCAGGGGUGCCCCCGGGGGCCCGGCUGCUAGAAGUGAAUGGGGUCAGCGUGGAGAACUUCACUUACAGCCAACUCAGCAGAAAGCUUUGGCAGAGUGGAGAGCAAGUGACCCUGCUGGUAGCAGGGCCAGAGGUGGAGGAACAGUGUCGCCAGCUGGGAAUGCCCCUGGCUGCGCCCCUGGCAGAGGGCUGGGCGCUGCCCACCAGGCCCCGCUGUCUGCACCUAAAGAAAGGGCCCCAGGGCUUUGGGUUCCUGCUUCGUGAGGAGAAAGGUCUUGAUGGUCGCCCUGGUGAGUGGGAGCCCCAGAGAUGGGUCGGGAAGGUGCGGGCACACGUGCCGUGCACAGAAGACCCCAGCCCUGAGCCUCCUCCUCUUCCUCCGGCGUCCCCCCACGCUCAGUCCCUCUGCGUGCCCACGGUGGCCUGGGCUGAUGCUGGAGUUAGUUGCAGGAGGAGCGAUGAGGAUAUUUAUGUCCCAGGACAGUUCCUGUGGGAGGUGGACCCAGGACUACCAGCUGAGAAAGCCGGGAUGCAGGCCGGGGACCGGCUGGUGGCUGUGGCUGAGGAAAGUGUGGAGGGGCUGGGCCAUGAGGAGACGGUGUCCAGGAUCCGGGCGCAGGGCUCCUGUGUCUCCCUCACUGUUGUCGACCCUAAGGCUGACCGCUUCUUCAGCAUGGUUCGCUUGUCUCCACUUCUCUUCUUGGAUAGCACGGAGGCUCCUGCCUCUCCCCAGGAAACCUGCUCAGCCUCUCUGGUUGAAACCAAGGACCUACCAGAUGAUGGGACAGCCACGCCUCCUGCCCCGGGCGGCUCCCACCAGUGCUCCCUGUAUCCUGGGCCUGGCGGUGCCUAUGGUUUCCGACUUAGCUGUGUGGCCAGUGAGCCUCGCAUCUUCAUCUCCCAGGUGACCCUAGGAGGCUCAGCGGCCCGGGCAGGGCUGCAAAUGGGAGAUGUGAUUCUGGAGGUGAACGGGUAUCCCAUGGGUGGAGAGAAUGACCUGGAAAAGCUUCAGCAGCUGGCCGAGGCUGAGCCACCCCUCCACCUGAAGCUGGCAGCGAGGUCUUGCCCGGGCUUGGAAGCCUGCAACCCCCCCAGGUUUGGAGAGGACUGGGCUCCAGCGUCAGAGCUGCUGUAGUCCUCUCCUACCUGCACAGAUCUGCCCAGUGGCCUUCCUGUCUUCACUCUCCUGCUUGCAAUGGUAGGAGCUGAGAAGCUCUCUUUAAGCCAGAAGGGACAGCUCUAGGAUUCUGGACACCUCCAAUCACAGGAUUGCCCAGGGUCUCCCUCCCUUCCCUGGGGCCCGCCUCCCAGAAGAAGGUGUGGCCAGAGGCCUUAGGCAGGCCCACUAGGGGGC